AUGAACAAUCGACAGACAGAACAGUCGACAGAGUCAGCCACUCCUUUUCUCUAUUCGAGCUCUAAUUCAAAAGAUGGAAAUGUUCGUCGAGAUUCCCUGGAUCCGUCACUUUCAUCGUUUGUUGAUGAUCGUCGACUUCGCGAGAAGCAAUUUCUGCUUUCUUGCGAACGAGGGGAUAUUGGGAGUGUUCGAAAAUGUCUCGAAACGGCAAAACAAGAUGCUUUCGAUAUAAAUUGCGUGGAUCCAUUAGGAAGAAGCGCUCUACACAUUGCCAUCGAAAAUGAGAACAUCGAGAUGAUCGAGCUACUUCUCGAUCAUAAUAUAGAAACCGGUGAUGCGAUUCUUUAUGCAAUCGGUGAAGAGAACGUGGAAGCUGUCGAGAUUAUCGUUGAACAUCUCGAGAAAAUCGACAAGUACAAUCCAGAGACCCAAGGCGUUGAAAUUAAUGAGCACUCGGCUUUCACUCCCGAUAUGACACCGAUCAUUCUUUCAGCACACAAAGACAACUACGAAUGUAUAAAGUUAUUUCUCGACAAGAAAGCUACGGUACCACAUCCGCAUGAUGUGCGAUGCUGUUGUCCGGAAUGUGAAACGGCUCGAGAAGAGGACUCACUGCGCUUAUCCCGAUCUCGACUCAAUGCUUACAGAGCUCUCACAAGUCCAUCGCUAAUUUGCCUUUCCGCAAAGGACCCAAUUCUAUAUGCAUUUGAGUUAAGUUGGGAACUGCGAAGGCUCUCAUAUAUUGAGAACGAGUUUCGCAGUGAGUAUCAGGAACUCUCACAAAAAUGUCAGAAAUUCUCGGUGAAUAUGUUGGAUCAAGUGCGAGGGAGUAAAGAGCUCGAGAUUGUGCUUAAUCAUACGACAAAAGCUUGGCAAGAUGUUACUUCUAGAGGUACAACAUCGUCUGAUCAGUUGGCAAGGUUGAAAUUGGCAAUUCAACUGAGGCAGAAAAGGUUUGUCGCUCAUCCAAAUUGUCAACAACUUUUGGCCGGCAUUUGGUACGAGGGAUUGCCGGGUUUUCGAAAUCGACAUAUCGUUUUUAAAGUUCUACUAAUCUUAGCCGUUUCGAUGUGUUUCCCGUUACUUUCCGUUGUUUAUCUCUUCGCUCCUCACUCUUCAAUCGGCGCUUUCAUGCGGAAACCUUUUGUCAAAUUCCUUUCCCAUUCUGCUAGCUAUAUUUUCUUUUUAUUUUUACUAAUUUUGGCAAGUCAACGAAUUCAAUCGAUUGACAACCUUUUUGGGAAAGAGCAACUAGUGGAUGGGAUGGUGAGCACGAGGAAAGAGAGGCGAGGACCGGCACCCACUCCUGUGGAAAUGGCCAUUCUUGCAUGGGUUUCCGGAUUAAUAUGGGUAGAAAUCAAGCAACUCUGGGAUUCGGGUCUUCACGAUUAUUGCCACAAUUUGUGGAACAUUCUCGACUUUAUCACCAACUCGUUGUAUCUAUCAACGGCUGCACUCAGAGCUGUCGCCUAUUAUCAAGUGGAAGCAGAAGCGGAGAACAAAGCCACCGCACACUUGGCUGGGAAGUUGUUGAGAAGAGAUUGGGAUGCUUGGGAUCCGACACUGAUCUCGGAAUCAGUUUUUGCUACUGCAAACAUCUUCUCUUCUCUAAAAUUGGUUCAUAUUUUCACGAUCAAUCCUCAUCUUGGUCCCUUGAAGAUCUCACUAGGUCGAAUGGUAUUGGAUAUUCUGAAAUUCUUCCUUGUUUACUGUCUUGUUUUGUUUGCUUUCGCGUGUGGCCUCAAUCAACUCAUGUGGUACUAUGCUAGUAUGAGGGAAAUGGAGUGCUUAAGCUACAAGAACCUUGUUGGGCGUGAAGAGGAAUUUCGUGAUGAUCCGAAUUUUCAAAAGAAUCUUAAAAUCUAUGAGGACAGUUGUGAUCCGAAAUAUCGAUCGUGUGCAAGUCUCUACUCAUCAAUGGAAACCCUUUUUUGGGCAUCAUUCGGUAUCAUCGAUUUACCACAUUUCGAUAUUCUUGAAGAGCAUUGGCCAACACAGUGGACGGGACGGACGAUCUUCGGCGCUUACUGUUGGUGUUCGGUGAUUGUGCUGCUGAAUAUCAUUUAUCAUACGGUGGAAACGUUAUUCUGGGCGAUGUUCGGCCUCGUCGAUCUCACUCAUUUUUCUCUCAAAGAGGGACAUCGGGUUACAGAAUGGACGGGGAAAACGAUUUUCGGCUCGUAUUCGGUGAUCUCAAUCAUUGUUUUGCUCAAUAUGUUAGUGGCGAUGAUGGCUAAUUCAUAUAUGUACAUCUCCAAUCAAGCCGAUGUGGAGUGGAAAUUUGCGAGAUCGAAACUGUGGAUUGAAUAUUUCGACGACACGGCCACUCUCCCACCGCCUUUCAACAUGAUUCCAAGCCCAAAAUCGUGCUACUACGCGCUGCAAUGGGUGCUCGAAAGGUUUUGUUGCGCGAAAAUCGUGCAACAAGGCAAGCAGAAGAGCAUGCGGAAUCAGAAGAUUUUGCGCGUAGUGAACGAUCUGGAAAACAACUAUCGUUUUGUGACACGAAAUCUAGUGAAGCGUUAUAUUGCACAGAUGCAAAGGAUGAAACAACAGAAUGAAGGAGUUUCUGAGGAUGAUGUCAAUGAGAUAAAACAAGACAUCAGCGCUUUCCGCUACGAAUUGCUGGGAAUUCUGCGCGCUGCCGGCUUCAACACUGGUCACACCGAUAUCAAUCAGAAGACUUAUUCUCGAAACAAAAAACGCUCGGCGAUGGCGGAGCGUCGAAUGCUGAAAGGAUUGCCCGAGUUCGAGAUGCCUGUACCCGAGAGUUUCACGAAUCCAAAUCGACGCAUAAGUAUCCCCGGCACACCUGAGACAACAAAACCGAUGCAAUUGCCUCUAAAACUUCCGCAACUUAACUGGAGACGAUUGAAGAAAAAGGUGUCGUUUCGGGGCGCGGAAAAGCGGGCGCCCUCUGGGGCCGAGCACUUCACGGAGUCUCCGGAGGAGGAGGAGGAGCUGGAGGAAAUGGAAAUGCAAGUGGUCGAGCAGGAGGAAAUCAAAUCAACGACAACACACAGACAGCAAUCGCCACAUCAUCGCAACAACCACUCCAGCUACCAAAGCCACGAGCAACACCGCUUACCCCUCGAGGACAUGGAGGAAAGCGGUCGAAUGGGGACUCGUUGGGGGGACCAGUCGCGGAUAGUGGGGCAAGCCCGAUUGUUGGCAGGAGGAGCAUCAGUAGCGGGGGAAUCGAGCGGCGUGCUCCGCUCGCGUCAUACGAAUCCGAAUUCGGAUGUCUGGAAUCUGGAUGGAAAGCGUCAUCCGAAGAGCAUGUCAUUUGAUGCAGCCGCCACUUCUCGUCACAAUCCUUUCAUCGAUGCCCUACAGAGAUUUUCGAAUGCCUACAACGAUCGUCCUCGUUUAAAAAAGCAAAAGCGUCAAAGCGAAGAGACGGUACUUGAAAUGAUCGACGCUGAUGAAAUUCUC